UAACGCAGCUGAAAGACAAAUCUAUCCAUGAUCUAAUUUCUUAAUUCCCUCUCCUCUGCAUGCACAACAAUGGCUAUCAUAUACGCACAAUGAAGCAUUGUAGAAUAUAUCCAUCGCCAUGCGUUGGUUCCCUACCCUCAUCUUCUCCCAUUCUCAUUCUCAGUCUAAUUCAUCAACAUCAACUUCGUCCUCAUCUUCUUCGGCGACUCUAAAGUCUUCCCCUUCGACGUCCUCUGCCUCCGAACCCAGGAAGAACAGCCGCUCCGCCUGGUUCUUCGGGAAAAGGUCGACGUCGACGCGUUCCAGGAAGCUAACCCACAUCGCCGACUUAGACGCCCUUGUCGUGCCCCCCUUGUCUCGCUCCCCCAGCACCUUCGAUCGUUCCUCCACCUCAUGCGUUCAGCCUCAGCCUUUGCCCUUGCCCAGAGACGCUGAUUACCGUUUUCCCUCGCCCAAAGAUGCCGCCGUCGACAGACCUGACGCCGCCGCCGUCGAUGUCACCCUCAGCCCUGGUUUUCGAAUGCGCAGGUUUGUAGUCAAGUACUUUAUUUCUCCAUCCUUUCAACCAAUUGGUCAAUUAUGA